AUGGCAUUAACUCUUACAAGAAGAGUUUGUGGUAAAUGUAAUAAAGGUGCAGGUACUGCUAUGUGUUAUGGAUGUGAACAAGCAUUUUGUACAAAACAUUUUCUUGAACAUCGACAAGAUCUUUCACAACAAAUGGAAUAUAUUGGGCAAGAACAUGACGUUAUACAACGAGAUUUAACACAUGAACAAGAUACACAUUUUUUAAUCACACGUAUUAAUCAAUGGGAGCAAGAAUCUAUUACAAAGAUUCAAAUAGCAGCACAAUCAGCACGUACUAAUCUUCAACAAUUACUUAAUCGACCAAAAAAUAAUUUACAAACAUCAGUUAGUAAAAUAACAGAAGAAUUACAAUCAAGUCGAGAAUUAGAUGAUUAUACUGAAUUAGAUAUAAAACGAUGGACUGAUCAAUUACAAGAAUUCCGUAAAAUACUCGAUGCACCUAUAUCAGUAAAUAUAGAUUAUGAAAAAGAUUCUCGAUCAGCUGUACGUUUAAUUAAAAUAAAUGAUCAACAAUCAUUAGAUACUUUAUAUCAAACAUCACAAGUACCUGAAUAUAAUGAUUGGAUUUCUCAUAAUUCUGAUACAUUUCUUAGUGAAAGAUUCGAUGAUACAUUUGGAAAAGUUAUUUUAUCUGAAGGUGGUCUUGUAGCAACAUGUGCAGGUGGACAUGCAGAUAGAUCUUGUGUUUGUGGUACAAGUCGAUAUUCAGUAGGUGUACAUUAUAUUCAUUUUCGAAUUGAACAAACUAGUACACAUUAUCAUUCAUUUUUUGGUAUUAUUAAUUCAUUAGAAAAAAUGACGUUUGAUAUAUGGAAUUCAUCAUCAUUUCAUGGUUGGUGGGAUCUUGAUUAUAGUGUUAUAAGUGGUAAAAGUAAUCGACGUCUUUCACCUGAAACUAUUCGAAUGGGUGAUGAUGUAACAUUAAUGUUAGAUUGUAUUAAUCGACGAAUACAAUUAGAACAUCACCGAACAAAUAGAACUGUUACUAUGUCUAUUGAUAUUCAAUUAUGUCCAUUUCCUUGGAAAAUUAUUGUUUUAUUACUUGGUAAAGAUGAUUGUGUCAGAAUUCUUCAAUAG